GCUCAGUGAGAGACCAUUUCCUUCCAGUUCUCUGGCUGGCCCUCAGCAGAACGGCUUGGGCUGGCAAACUAUAAACUGGAGGGAGAGACUGCUAAUUUCUUCUCUUUUGCUGGACCAGGACAGACUCCCUCCAGACUGAGACUUUGAAACCAUGCUUUGUGUUUGGGCUCUGCUUUUUAUUUUCGUGUUGAACAGGCAAGAACUGGUUGCCGCUGAUCCAAUCACCGGUCCACAAGGAGGUUCAGAGCAGAAUGUCUGGUGUGAUGACCAUAAUACAAUCCAUAGGCGCUUAGAUGCCGUCCAAGAGGUAGAAAAAACUGUUGACCAUCUGGACUCGGAAGUCAAUUCAUUACUCAAUGCCAUAAGUGAAACUGCAUGGAGUGUUCCUCUCACUCCUGGAUCUCCGCUUAUAGAUAUAUUUGAAGAUACCAGCUGAGCUUCAGGAAGAUGUUCAAAUAAAAGCACAGACUAUAAACCUAUGGCUCACCUGAACACUUCUUUCAAAUUGCACUCCAUUGUUUCACAAGCUGUUAAGCCAAAAUGGUGCAUUUAAUCUUGGGAUGGACAAUGUUUCAUUGUGGUCUUGGGUAAAAUUCAGUUAUAUCAAUAAAAAUAUAAAAAGAUGAA